AUGAAUACUAGAUAAAUUUAGAAUGUAAAUCAAAAGGUUAUAUUAAAAAGAAUUGAAAAUUUCACAAUCUUAGAAUUUACAAUAAAUUGGAUAAUAUUCAUUAUCUAAGAAUAUUUGAAGCAUUCAUGGUUCUUCUUUAUAAUUGUAUAGUAAUAUAUUAAAUAUCAUAGAAUUUUAUAUAUCUAAUAUUAAAUAUUGUCGAAAUUCACAUCAUAGGCUAUUCAAAAUAAAUAAUUCCCCAUCAUUUCCUAUUAAUGUAAUUAUUCUUUCUAAACUAAUAGAUCUAAGGCCUUUUUAUUAAUUUUACUGUUAAUCAAUAUUAUAGUUUAUGGAAUUCAAUUUAAAUUAAUUCUGCUUUUCCUAUAAAUCCCCAUCUUAUUAUUAAAAAUAAAACUUAGAUCUUUAGCAAUAAUAGGUCACUAGGAUCGUCAUUAACACAUUUAACUUGAAACAUAACAUAACUAAUGA